AUGGCUGAGGCUUUGCAGGAGAACUAUGCGCGGGCCGGGGUCCUGCGGGGCGCCGGGCGGCCGGAGGGGGGCGCCGCGGAGCGGGAGGAAGGGGCGGCGCGGGGCGGGGCGGCGCCAGCGGUUACUCAGAGCGGGCGGUUCAAACCGAAGGAGGGAGACGCGGCGGCCCCAAGCGAAGGUGGCGUGGGGGUUGCUAUAGCCGGGCCUCCCUGGAGGCGAGGCCGUGGCCUCUCCCGGGCGCACCGGGCAGCGCUAGCUCUCUCCUCUCCCGCCGGUCGGCCUCGGCGCCCCGCGCGGCCGGGUCGGUGCGGCGGCCCCUCGGUCCCCAGGUGGGCAGGAGCGGGGGCCCCCGGAGCGAGCCGGCCAGCGGGCCGCAGGGCGUCCCCCGGCUUCGCGCCCCACUUUGCUUUCCAGGUGCUGGGACUAGAGAGGCGCCCUGAAGCCGCCCGCUUCACUCGCUCCGCUCCAGGUGACACGCACCCACCCUCGGCCUUUCGGUGGCUUUCUGGGCCCAGGGCCCCGGCGGCCCAGCCGAGCCUCCCCCGCCGGCCCGGCCUUGGGAAGGUCCCGGGAGGGACGCCCGGUACCCACCCCCCGCGGAUAGCACCUGGGGAGCAAACUGAGAGAUUUUCUUGUUUGGAAGCCUACGUAACUUUGACAUCUAAAGUAAAAUUGGUUUUCACUUUGUCAAAACAGAUUUUGAAGAUGUCAGAAAGGCAUUCAGAUCACGCUCAAACUGGGGCAGAAAAUGAGGCGAACUCUCCUGCUGUCAAUUUCAAGUACUCCAGCUUCAGAGAUUUAUGUUCUACAUCUUCAUUUCAAGACAGUGGCUACAGUGAGUUGUUAAAAUCUUGCAGCUUUGAUAAUACAGAUAAAGCAUUUUUUGGAAAGGAAGAAAAACGUCCAACAUUGAACUAUGAACAUCCUGAAACUUCAAUUUUGGGUUUAACACAUCCUAUAGAGUCCCUCACUCAAAAAAAGAGAUUUGUCUUCCCUAGGAAGCAAACGGAUAAAACCCCAGUACUUUGUGAAACUCCUAAAGUCGGUGGAAAAAAAUUUUUACUGCGCAGAAGGCUGGACAUAUCUUUCUCUCUUCUAAAGAGGGACUUUGAAUCACAAAAUAGUUCUCUAGAAAGUAGUGUAAGCCAAGCUUCCAACUUAGAAAAAGAUAUUCCAAGCAGUGCUUCAGGUUUUCCAAGGCAAAAUAAUUUUAGUACUUUGGUUACUAGCACUUUGAAAACAGAAGAAGCGACUUCCAGCAGUCAAAAAUUGAGACUGAAUUUUUCUCAACAGAAGACUUCCACAGUUGAUGACUCCAAAGAUGACUGCAGCCUGUUUGAAGUUGAAUGUAUAUCUCCAAUUCAGGGCAAUAACUUUAAAGACCCUGUCACCCAUGACUUUAGUGAUAGCAGUCUGUGUGUUAACGAUGAGAAUCCAUAUCUGGAACUUCUGGGCUCCUCUGAAAGUGGAACAACUUAUGAAACAGAUGAGGACAUAUUUGUGACUCCAGUAAGUAACCUUGUAGCAAACAUUAAAUUUAAGGCAAGUCAAAGGCUUUCUCCUUCAACUGAAGUGAGAGGCAAUAUUUCAACACCCAAAGAUAGUGGUUUUAACUCACUUUGCUUGGAUAAAUCAGAAGAUUCCCUCUCUGACCAGGAGGGUUCUUUUCAAGAAUUACUUCAGAGACAUAAGGGAACUCUCAAAGUGGGGUCAAAGCGUCUUGGAAGGUUGAGAAGGUUGUCUACCCUUCGAGAGCAAGGCUCACAGUCUGAGACAGAAGAGGAAAAGCAGGUCAUCCACUCUGACUCUGAAAUAACACCAGCAACUGCUUCAGACAUCUUGGAGAGUCAGCCGAGCAGUGACAGUCAGAGUGGGGAUUCGAUUUUGAGCUUUAAGAAUUUGUCAAAGACCCCAGCCUUGCAAUUAGUGCAUGAGCUCUUUAUGAAAAGUAAAAGGAAAAGAUUCCAGCAAAACAGUACACAUGAAUUCUUGGAAGAGAGGAAUAGGGGGAAAAUAGCUCUGCUGCAAUGUGUACUUGCAGGACUAAUUGGCAAGAAAAUGGGUAUAGAAAAACUGGACAUCUUAACAGAAUUAAAAUAUAGAAAUUUAAAGCAUAUUCUGGCAAUGGUUUUAGAUUCCUUGACUGCAGAAAGCCUAUGCAGUGUUUGGAAAGUGAGCAGAAAUUGGCGUGAAAUUAUUGUUCAAGAUAAAAAAGCAUAUCGGAGGAGGAAAUUUUAUAUCACACAACUGAAAACAGAUUCUCAGGGGGCUAUUUUAAAUGUUCAGGAUGCCGCCACUCGGCUUCAUCUUUUAAAUCGAUCAGCUUUAAGAUCUGUACAAGCUCAGGCUAGGAUACCAGGUUCUCAGAAAGAACAAGUUCCAACAUUUUCUCCUUGGGGAGAAGUUUUGACACCUAUAGCAAGCUCUUCAGUUACUCAUUUACAUAGUAAACAGGAAGAAUACGUUAAGGUUGCCAAAACACUUUUUAUUGAUGAAGCAUUAAAACCUUGCCCAAGGUGCCAAUCCCCUGCUAAGUACCAGCCAUAUAAGAAAAGGGGACUGUGUAGCCGCAGAGCCUGUGGUUUUGACUUUUGUGUGUUAUGUUUGUGUGCUUAUCAUGGGUCUGAAGAAUGUAGUAGAGGAACAGCAAACCCAAGAAAUAGAAAAGAUGUUCUUCCAGGAAGUGCCCAGAGUAAGCGGAAUUUAAAACGCCUCUAAAGAGACUUUAAGUGUAAAAGAAGCAUUUCCCCAAGCAACGUUUUGUCUGACUUAAAAUUAUGAAUAUUUUGAAAGCAUGCAAAUUUUCCUAUUAAUGACAGAUGAUGAUUUGUUUCCUAUUUUGUAUAAUAAUCUAUGUCAUUGUAUGUUUUCUUUAAA